AUGUCACUGUUGGAUCUUCUCAACUUGGAUCUCUCUGAAUGCCACAAGACAAACAAAAGUAAAAUCAUUGCUGAAUACAUAUGGAUUGAUGGAUCUGGUAUGAACCUGAGAAGCAAAGGAAGGACCCUACAUGGUCCUGUUACUAAUCCUUCUCAAAUUCCAAAAUGGAACUAUGAUGGUUCGAGCACUGGCCAAGCUCCUGGUGAAGAUAGUGAAGUCAUCCUAUAUCCCCAGGCAAUUUAUAAGGACCCAUUCAGGGGAGGAAAUCAUAUUCUUGUCAUGUGUGAUGCUUAUACUCCAGCUGGAGAGCCCAUCCCAACAAACAAAAGGUUUAAUGCUGUAAAGAUAUUCAGCCACCCUGAAGUCCUGACCGAGGAACCUUGGUUUGGUAUAGAGCAGGAGUACACUUUGUUGCAGAAAAAUCUGAAUUGGCCACUUGGUUGGCCAAUUGGAGGAUAUCGUGGACCUCAGGGACCAUACUACUGUGGUGUUGGUGCAGAAAAAGCCUUUGGCCGGGAUAUUGUCGACUCACACUACAAAGCUUGUUUAUACACUGGUGUCAACAUUGGUGGAAUCAAUGCUGAAGUUAUGGCAGGCCAGUGGGAAUUUCAAGUUGGACCAACAGUAGGCAUUUCUCCUUGUGAUGACCUUUGGGUUGCGCGUUACAUUCUAGUGAGGAUUGCAGAAGCAGCUGGUGUAAUUGUUUCUUUUGAUCCAAAACCUGUUGAGGGUGAUUGCAAUGGUACUGGUGCUCAUACAAAUUACAGUACCAAGUCUAUGAGGGCUGAUGGAGGGCUAGAAGUAAUAAACAAGGCCAUUGAGAAGCUAGGCAAGAGGCACAAGGAACAUAUUGCUGCUUAUGGGGUUGGCAACGAACGUCGUCUCACAGGAGAGCAUGAAACAGCUGACAUUAACACCUUCAAUUUUGGAAUUGCUGAUCGUAGAGCAUCGAUAAGGAUCGGAAGGGACACACAGAAAGCAGGAAAGGGAUACUUGGAGGAUAGAAGGCCUUCUUCAAACAUGGAUCCUUAUGUGGUAACUUCUAUGAUUGCAGAAACAACCAUCCUCUGGAAACCAUGA